UAAUAAUAUAUUCUAUUAAAAAUUUGAAUAGUUCAGCCAUAUCAACCCAAGGGGGAGUACACAAAAGUGUUUUCUAAACUUAGUGUAAGAAACAUUAAAUGAAAACAAGUUUGCCGACAGUUAGCAAUGUCUAAGGAUCUUGACCCUGCUUUUCCCACCGGCGACUACUUCGAUCAUCCCCCCGCUCCCUUCUUCGACCCUGAAGAGCUCUUGCGGUGGUCCUUUUACAGAGCUGUUAUUGCCGAGUUCAUUGCUACUCUUUUGUUUUUGUAUGUUGGAGUUCUCACUGUGAUUGGAAGUCAGAGUCAGGAUUCUGCCGCUGUAUGCGGCGGCGUUGGUGUUCAGGGCAUUGCUUGGGCGUUCGGCGGCACCAUCUUUGUUCUCGUUUACUGCACCGCCGGCAUUUCUGGAGGACAUAUAAACCCAGCAGUAACAUUUGGUCUGUUCUUGGGUCGGAAGGUUUCAUUGGUUAGAGCUGUACUGUACAUAAUGGCUCAGUGUUUAGGAGCCAUUUGUGGGUGUGGUAUAGUGAAGUCAUUAAAGAAGGCUAACUUCAAUGCCUUCAGCGGUGGAGCCACCGAGCUCGCUGACGGCUUCAGCCCUGGUGCCGGCCUUGCCGCUGAGAUCAUCGGAACCUUUGUUCUUGUGUACACCGUCUUCUCUGCUACCGAUCCCAAGAGAAAAGCUAGAGAUUCCCACGUUCCUGUUCUAGCGCCGCUCCCCAUUGGGUUUGCAGUGUUCGUGGUGAAUUUAGCGACGAUUCCGGUGACCGGCGCCGGGAUUAACCCAGCUCGAAGCUUCGGCUCAGCAGUGAUGUUCAACAACCACAAAGCUUGGGAUAACCAUUGGAUAUUUUGGAUUGGACCUUUCAUUGGAGCUGCAAUGGCUGCAACUUACCAUGAAUUUGUUUUGAGAGGAGGAGCAGCCAAGACCUUGAAAUCCUUCAAAACUUCCUCCGUUUAGUAAUUGAAAUCCUUCUUCUUCUUCUUGAGAAGUCAGUCAGGCCCAAUAAGCCCAAAUUUGAGAAAUUGAAUGGAUUGGUUUGGUGAAAAUUAUUUAGGGGAAUGAGACUUAUGCCAAAAUUCUAGGUUGUAACAAAACUUAAAUUAUAUAUAUAUAUAUAUAUAUAUACUUUUUGUUCCCAACUCUUCAUCCGACAGUAAUAUAAACAUUAAUUAUUUA